ACUUUCCAUUACAUUAGGGUGGGGACCCAGAACAACCACCUUGAGAAACUAUAAGAUUUGAUCAACUUGGCUCUUGGUCGCCAGAAAUCAAAGCAAGCAUCUUUUACUAAAGAUGGUGAAAAAUGAGAGAAAUCAAAGUCAACUCAGAAGUGAUGUAAUCUUUGAAACUCUCUGUUCUGUUGUACCUACCAAGGAAAACUGCACCACAGCUAAACUCAGAUUGGGAAGGCAAUCAAAAAGUCUUGUCUCACAUCAUAGUGAUUCUUUCUGGAACAGUGAGUUUUGUCAUUCUCAAGUCCAAUUGGAAGUUAUUUUUCUAAGUUCAGUGGAAGUGGUUGGUUCCCUUUUGGUUUAUUUGGAAAAAGGAGCUCAACAAUACUGCAUCUUUGUCAAUCUUCUUCUCAAGUAAUGGAGUGGUUGAUCCUUGUCCUUAUGUUAUAUAUCUCUCUCUUCACCACACUGUAAUUCCUACCUUUUAGUUGGGCUGUUGGUGGCACCUCCAUUGAAUUCACACAUGACUUGCUGUUGUCUUAAAGAUCAGAGGUGAAACUUAACCGGUCCCCAGACUAUAUAACGGAGUUUCGAAAUCGUUACUUACAUCGAAAGAAUUGAGGGGUCCUUUGUUUAGCUGAAAUGUUGAGGAUUCUGAGGAGUGAACUCCGGCGUCUCUGCUCAAGGAUAUGGUGGCUGAUAUGGAAGCAUCCGAAGCGCAGAGUUAUAGUCAAAAGGUUUGGGAAGAUGAAUGUGAAACAUCGACGAACGGGCAGACCGGGUAAAAAUAAAUCCAGAGUCUAUACGAAGAGCCAGUUGGGUGAUUCUGUCACCGAAAGGCCAUUUCGUGUUGCCACAUUCAAUGUCGCCAUGUUCUCUCUCGCACCUGCUGUUCCAACUGCAGAUAAACCAGCAGUGUUUGGCUUUGGUAGAAAGGAAUGCAAUUUCAGAAGCCCCGUGAGUCGUUCCCCAAAGAGCAUACUCAAGCAAUCUCCAUUGAACACAGCAUUGUGCAAUGCUGAAUCUCUCUCCAGAUCCAAGCCAAAAGUUUCCAUUAAUCUUCCUGACAACGAGAUUUCAUUAGCAAACAAGUUGCCUGCCUCCAUGGAAGACGAGACACCGAAGACGAACGACAAAAGGUACUUCAAAAGCCAAGUCCCGGUAAGAUCUCCUGUGUGCUUUCCUUUCUCCAUAGCUAAUUGGCAGUGUGAAGACCAGUUGACAAGCAGCAGAACCAUCCUAGAGGUUCUUAAAGAGGCAGAUGCUGAUAUAUUGGCUCUACAAGAUGUGAAGGCUGAGGAAGCAAAAGGCAUGAAGCCUCUAUCUGAUUUAGCAGCUGCUUUAGGGAUGCAUUAUGUAUUUGCUGAGAGCUGGGCUCCUGAGUAUGGAAAUGCUGUUCUAUCCAAAUGGCCAAUAAAAAGAUGGAAAGUUCAGAAGAUUGCUGAUGAUGAUGAUUUCAGAAACUUGCUAAAGGUUGCAAUCGACGUGCCGGGGACGGGAGAAGUGAACAUCUACUGCACUCAACUUGACCAUCUAGAUGAGAACUGGAGGAUGAGGCAGAUAAAUGCAAUAACAAAAUCAGUCGAUUGUCCCCACAUCUUGUUGGGCGGUCUCAAUUCGUUGGAGAGAUCCGAUUACUCGCCUGAAAGAUGGACCGACAUCAUCGAGUACUACGAGAAGGUCGGGAAGCCGAGUCCGAAGGUGGAAGUGAUGAAGUUUUUGAAGGGAAAAGGCUACAUAGAUUCAAAAGACUAUGCAGGAGAUUGUGUGCCAGUGGUGAUCAUGGCCAAGGGCCAAAAUGUGCAGGGGACCUGCAAAUACGGCACAAGAGUCGACUAUAUCUUAGCUUCACAGGACUCGACGUUCAAAUUCAUCCCGGGGUCGUACUCGGUCGUAUCGUCUAAAGGUACUUCCGACCACCACAUCGUCAAGGCAGAAUUCAUAAGAAUGGGACAGAAAACAAGCAGAGGGCAGAAGGAUUUAAAGCAAAGAAUUGUAAGGUUGACUCAAACAUGUUCUUCAAUAGGGAUGUCCUUGGUGCAUCCUUAGAUACCUUUUGCUGACUUCUGAUUUCAAUACAGAAUCCUAAAUUUACCCAUAUACAGAAAUUUAUCAGUUUGUAUAAUUUUAAAAGCAGUUUCUGGUAUAAAAAAAAACGAAUUAUUUUGUACUAAUAUUAAAAGUCUCAACUGUUUUCUCCAAUUUUUUUUAUUACAA